CUGUUGAUAUAUAAGCUCAGUUGCUCAUGACAGGUGUUCAGAUGACUAUUCCUCCCAGCGGACUUCAAUUUCUGCAAAAAACAACCCUCAACAGGAAUCCGUCAUGGCUUUACGCCCACGAGCUUCUUCCCAGCCUGGGAAACUGUCCUUCCUCCAGACCUCCAAGGCAAAUUCUCUCCUUCGACCGCGGGCUGUUUCCUCACGCUCCGGCUCCAUGCUGGAAGAGGAGCUGUCUUGUCCCGUCUGCUGUGAGAUCUUCAAGGAUCCCGUGGUGCUCAAGUGCAGCCACAGCUUCUGCCGGGCCUGUCUCCAGCAGUUCUGGAACAAGAAGAAGGCUAGGCGGGAGUGUCCCAUCUGCAGGAGGAAGUGCUCUCUGACGGAGCCCACGGUCAGCCUGGCUCUGAAGAAUGUGGCCGACACCUUCCUGAGGGAGAAGGAGCGCCAAACAGCCACGGAUGGGACAGGGGCUGGCAGCACGGGGGACGAGGCAGGGAUGGUGGAGGUGAAGUGCGACACACAUGGAGAAGUCCUCAAACUCUUCUGCCUGGAUGAUUUUGAAGUCCUGUGCUGCGUGUGUCACACCUCCAAGAAGCACCAGGGACACAGAGUAUGUCCCCUGGAAGAAGGAGCUCAGGAUCUCAAGGCGGAGCUGAAGACGGAACUGAUUCCUCUAAAGAAAAACCUGCGUCGCCUGUAUGAAGCCAAGCAGGAGUGUGAUGACACAACUGUGCACAUCAAGAACCAAACUCAGGGCACAGAGAAGCAGAUCAGAGAAGAGUUUGAGCAGCUGAGGGAGUUUCUCCAGAAGGAGGAAGCAGCACGGUUAGCCGUCCUGCAGCAGGAGGACGAAGAGAAGAAAGAGCUGGUGAGGAAGAAGUCUGACAGCAUCACCAGAGAUAUCCUCACCUUCUCUCAUGCUGUCAUCGCCAUCGAGAAUGAGAUUGCAUCCAGUGAUGCCCUUUUCCUUCAGAAUUACAUCAACACAAAGAAAAGAGCUCAGAUCCCGCAGAAGGAUCCAGAAAAAGUGUCAGGUGCUCUCAUAAAUGUGGCCAAGCAUGUCAGUUCCCUAAAGUACCGUGUGUGGGAGAAGAUGAUGGAGCUGGUUCAGUACACACCAAUCACCCUGGACCCAAACACCGCCUACUCCUGGUUGUCCCUAUCUGCAGACCUGACCAGCGUGGCCAACAGAGGCUCCCUGCUGAAGCUCCCGGACAAUCCAGAACGUUUCGGCCACUUUGUGUUCGUGCUGGGCUCCGAGGGCUUUACUUCAGGUCGCCACGCCUGGGAGGUGGAGGUGGGCGACAAGGUGGACUGGAUGCUCGGGGUGGUCAAGGAGUCCAUUGACAGGAAAGGCCGCAUCUCGGGGUGUCCCGAGGGCGGCUUCUGGAUGAUCUCUCACUACGAGGGCGAAUACUCGGCCAUGACGAGGCCCAGCACCACGCUGCACUUGGAGGGGGAGCUGACACGAGUGAGGGUGCAGCUGGACUACGACGCUGGAGAGGUGACCUUCUCCAACCCUGUCAGCAUGACGCCCAUCUACACCUUUACUGACUUCUUCACUGAGAAGAUGUACCCCUUCUUCUGCCCCGGAGCCAACAUCAACAACAACAAUCCCUGCCCUCUUAAAAUCUGCCCCGCCAAGGUGGCUGCAUGGAACAGUGCAACAUGGUGAUUUAAGAAUACCUUACAGAGGACAUGAGCACAUUUCAAAUUAAGGAAAAUACCCUAAGGUGAAUCCAAUAUUAAAGCAGAUGAUGUGUGUAAAAUGAGCAUGAUACAAAUAGAGUAAUUACAACAGUAAUUGGUUUAUUUCACUUGGGUUCAUUUAGUGAUUAGCUGCAGUUCAUGGAACUCAAAGUGACAGUUUAAAGCUACCAGGGGAUGGACUUGCCAUUAUAAUCCAGGAAGGCUCCAUUCUGCUUCUAGGUCAGGAAGGCCAUGCACACUUUCUGGAGCAUCAGCCUCCCCCUAGUGGCCACAGACACACAGAUAGCACAAUGUCUCACACAAGUAUGCAAUUCUGAUCACUCUUAGCUAACUAAAACACACAAUUCCAUGCAUGUUUUAAACUGAAGACAACCUAAAGACAGCAAAAUGUGUACAUGUAUGUAUGUGAUAUAUGUAUAUAUGAAGGUAGUGGGUCAAGCAGGGUUACAUGGGUGUAAUGGCUCAAAACUAACAUUAAAAUUCAUCUAAAGUCAUUGAUUUAACCCCGAAAAAAGUGUAUUUGUGUACCGAAGCUACACAUUUACAGUUUUUUUUUCUAUGAAAAUAAUCCCUUCUCACCUUUAAGUGGCUUGGAUGUAAGUCUAGAUUGUUGCAUUCUUUACAAUUCAUGGCUCAAUGAAGGUCCUGCCUCUCUCUUCACUCACCGCUUCCCAACUGCUGCAGUUAGAGCACAUCAGCUCACCUACUACUCUGCUCAAACACUGUAAAACUAUUGAUUCUACACAAUAACAAGUAGUAAUAUUGUAUUAAUUCAGCCGUUCAAGCCUGAACUGAAAGCUGAUUCUAAGGAAUACUAAUGAUAUUGAAAUCCCCGCCUUGUGAGUUGACAGGAUUGGUUUCUUACCCAGGAAGUCUGAAUGUGGGUUUUUGAAACUGUCAUUGGUACAUUGCAGUUUCAGGGUAUUAGUGCUCCACCAUGUUGUCAUCUUCUUUUUUUUAAUGAUUUGUCUUCUAGCACCUUGUUGCGGCGGCUGGACUCUGUAUAUCACAGUUCCUUAUGCUUUAUCACUAACUCUCCAUUCCAUACCCAUCACUGUGUUCUGUACGAUCUCAUUUCCUGGCCUCCACUAAGCAUAAGGAGACAGCAGCACUGGUACAUCUUUAUUUACAAAGCAUUACUGGGCAAACUUCCAUCGUAUUUAGGUAAAUUUCUUUCACCCAUCAAGAACUUCUAUGACUCUCGCUCAGCUAGAUGGCUACGCUUACAGGUGCCCAUGGUUCACUGUGAGCUUGGCAGAGCAGCUUUCUCCCAUAAUGCACCUUGGUUUUGGAACAACCUCCAAAACACUUUAAAGCUCAGUGAUUUUGUCUCCCCAAUUCAAUUCAAAAACUUGAUAAAGGAAAAUGUAAUCCAUGUGUGUAACUGCUUUUCCUGGUCUGUUUUUUCUUUUUCCUUCUUUUGUUUUUGUUUGAACCUGUUUCAAUAUUUUUAUUUAUAUAUCUGAAUUGUCUUAAUUGUUUUUAUAUACUUAUACUAUAUAUUUUACAUGGUCUGAAUUGGUGUGCUGUCUUGGCCAGGUCUCCCUCGAAAAAGAGAUUUGUAAUCUCAAGGGACUUUCUGGUAAAAUAAAUGAUAAAUACAUAGAUAAAAUUAAAUUAAAUGUAAAAAAGGAUAGUUUAACAAGUUACAAUACUUGAUUUUCACUUGAGGGAGUCUUUAUGAUGCAUUAAUGUACAAGCCAAUGCCGCAUUGCAUUUUUAAGGAUCUUCAGCAGAUUUGAAGACUCCAAAGUGGCCUCCUUUUCAUGUGAAGCAUUCUUCAGGUGUAUGUCAUAAUGAUGAAUAAGAAAGUCAGGAAGAAUCAUGUAGCUAUGGCACUACUUAUGCUAUACCCUGGUGAACCAAAUUUUAACAUUUUUCGGCUUAAAGGUGUGAUUCUGACAAACAUAUUGUUAAUUACUAAUGCCUACUUACUUUCAGGGAGUCUGUCUAACUUGAUAAUCCCCAAUGGAUGUUGUUUUGAAUAUCUAUAAAUGGUCAGAUAUUUCAAACACAAGGUCUAAACACUCCAUCAUAAACAUUAUUUUGGAGCAAAACACGCCAAUUGAAAACCAACAUAUCAUCCAUCUGUAAACGAAGCCUAUUUUGUUAAAAGGUCUGUCGCAUACAGUUUUCUGUUGUUUGUGUUGAUUGGGCAUUAACCACUUGAGCUGUUUUGUUAUUUUCAGGAAAGCGAACGGUGAUUGCAUGAACACUCAACCUUUGUGUCGAGAUCGUGAAAUCACACAUCGUGAUGUUAACACUGUGCUUCUCAAUCAAUAAAAGUUUCAUUCAGAGGGGACUCUAGUUCCUCUA